AUGAGAAGAUGUGGCCCUACACCAGCUUUGACUAUCUUCGUCGCUUACGCUCCAACAUCAAGCUACGAAGAAGAAGAAGUCGAAGCUUUCUAUAUGGACCUGGAGAAGUUCUACCGAGAAGAUCAUGCCUUCUACAAGGUCAUAAUUGGCGAUUUCAACGCCAAAGUUGGCCCAAGAAGAACGCCGGAGGAACUUCACAUCGGCACCCACGGCCUACAAUGGAAUGACCAGGGGAGAGGCUCUCCGAGGAACCGAGAACUCACGUCCGAUCUCGCAAGGCUUUGCAGAGAGGCGAUAAAGGAAGACCUUAAAGAGAGAAGAGCAGAAGUGCUGGCUGAAGCUGCAGAGGCGGGGAAAAGCAUCCGCUAUGCCCGUCGAGACGUCGCCAGUCGCAAGACGAGGAUGACUACUCUCCGGAACCCAAAGGGAACAGCAAUUGCAUCGAGAAGGGGGAUGGGGAAAAGCAUCUACGACUUCUACUCUGAUCUCUACGACAGCCAUGUCCACUUGCCUCCUCACCACCUGAGGGAAGAUGGACAAGUCAUUCCAGAGGUUCUCCCGUCCGAAAUACGACAUGCUAUCAUGUCGGUAAGAAAUCGUACGGCAUCCGGUCCCGACAGAAUAAGACCAGAACACCUGAAGAGCCUUCCGCCAGUACUCAUCAACACCCUGGCGAGGCUCUUUACACGUUAUCUGUCGGAAUGCAAGGUUCCUAAACAGUGGAAGACCAGCAAGACCGUGUUGUUGUAUAAAAAGGGAGAUCCACAUGAAAUCGGCAACUAUCGUCCAAUCUGCCUAUUGUCCGUCAUCUACAAGCUCUUUACAAGAGUGAUCCUUAAUAGGAUUGAAAAAGUCCUGGAUGAAGGACAGCCAUGCGAGCAAGCAGGGUCUCGAAAAGAAUUAAGCACGAUUGACCACAUUCACACUGUUUCGAAACUCAUCGAGGUAUCACGAGAGUACAAGAUGCCGCUCUGUCUCACCUUCAUCGACUUGAAGAAGGCCUUCGACUCAGUUGAGACGGAAGCGGUCGUGGAAGCCUUGGACAACCAAGGCGUCCCUACUCAGUGCAUAAAGGUACUUCGAGAGUUGUACAGUAACUUCACGACCGGAAUUUCGCCAUUCUACAAGAACAUCAUCAUUGACGUGAAGAGGGAGGUCCGACAGGGUGAUACAAUUUCACCCAAAAUAUUCACAGCCACCCUCGAGAACGCAGUGCGAAAGUUGGAAUGGGACGACAUGGGAGUGGAGGAUGAUGGUCGGCAGCUACACCAUUUGCGCUUUGCUGAUGACAUCGUACUGAUAACACCUAGCAUCAGCCAAGCGGACCGAAUUCGACGAAACAUGUGGAUGCAUCAGUCUUCAGCUGAAUCUGCAAAAGACCAUGUUCAUGCGGAACGGAUGGGUCUCGGAUGCCCCAUUCACGCUCAACGGAACGAACAUAUCCGAAUGCACCAGAGGAGACGAGCGGCUAGGGGAGCGUAUAAGAGCAUCGAAAAUGUAGUGAAGAAGACCAGGAACACCCGGCUCCGUGUUCACCUCUUCAACACCACCGUACUUCCUGCUUUGACCUACCCUGCUUCGGAAACCUGGGCACUUCGCAAGCAGGAAGAAAACGCGGUGAGCGUCAUUGAAUGCGUAACUGAGAGAGUAUCCCGUUUCACGCAAGUGAGGGACGGGAUUCAAAGCUCUCUCCUACGUCGGCGAUCAAAGAUUAGAGACGCCGCCGCGUUUGCCAAGGAAAGUAAAAUAAGGUGGGCCGGACACGUGAUGCGCUUUAAUGACAACCGUUGGACCAGAGCCGUGAGCGACUGGGUUCCCCGCGAUAUUAAGCGCACUACAGGAAGACCGCCGACCCGAUGGUCAGAUUUCUUCACGAAGUCCUUCAAAGAAAAAUAUGAUGCUCUUCGUGUCCCACGCGAAAGAAGGAACCACUGGGCUGCUCUGGCACGCGAUCGGGACAAAUGGAAGAAUUACUGGCGCCCGCUCGACCAGUUCGAAGAUCAACUGGAGUCAAGGUGA